AUGUCUAACGUCACGUCACCGGGCUCCGAGCCCACAUCGGCUCCCGUAGCAUCUCCCCAACCCAGCAACCAGCAACCCAGCGGAGCUCCUGCCAGCAGCCAACCGCCAGCGGACAACUCGCAACCUGUCCCGACGACUCUUGUUACCAGCCAGCAGCCGUCUCAAGCACCCCCUGCGAGUAGCACCCAACCUGCACCCCAACCCAGCUCUCAACAGCAGCCAUCGCUGCCCGCCACAACAAGCACGACCCAGCAGCAAACCCAGGCCCCUACGACGCAGGCCGAACCCACUCAGCCGGUUACAUCAAUCAUUGCUACCACCGUCAUUAUUACGCCUACAGUACCGGGAGGUCAGACGAGCACGAUUAUCACCAUCGUUACCCAAACCGAAGCCGUGAACCCAUCUCGAACCAUUGGCACUACCUCGGCCUCCGCGUCUUCGACCAAUGGCGCUUCUAACUCCGGUAGCGACUCUGGAGGCGGUCUCAGUGGCGGCGGCAAAAUUGCUGUGGCCGUUGUUGUUCCUAUUGCAGCUGUUGCAUUGCUCAUUUUGGCCGGCCUCUAUUUCUGGAGGAAGAGGAAGCAGCGCAAGGACGCCGAGGAGGAGCGUAGGAAGGAGGUCGAGGACUACGCCUACAACCCCAAUGCUGAUCCUACAAUUCCUUCCCUUGGCGAUGGCGGCUCUUACGAGAUGAAGGAGGAUGGCUCUUCUGGAUACCGCGGAUGGGGUACCACCACUCUUGCCGGAUCGACUGGACGUAAGGCGUCCACGACUAUGUCUGGAGGCAACACAGGUGAACCAUUGAUUAACGAUGGCUCUUACUCUCCCGAUGGCGAGAUUCUUGGUGCCAUGGGCCCCUCGGCCGCCUUGAACCGUGGAGUCGGCGUUCAGCGUGGACCAUCAAAUGCGUCGUCUUCUUACAGUGCCGGAAACCGCUCCGACACAUCUGACGGAGGCAUCGGCAUGGCUUACAGCGGAAGCAACGCCUACUACGAUCAGUACGGUAACAACCCCUACUCGGACAACUCGUACGGCGAUCAGAGACCCACUGAGCUUCCCGGCCAACCCGUAAUCCGUGACAACCCGGCUCGCCGUAACACCCGGAUCGAGAACCCCUCUCACUACCCACAACAACAAAAUGCAGGCAUCUCGCAGAACUUCUAG